AUGAAUCGAGUAACCAGCUUGCCCUUGCUCAACUCUGCAUUCAACAUGGUCUCAUCUGCCUACAACUAUACCAAGGAGACGCAUCCUUACCUCAGUGGUGUCUGCAAUGUGGCUGAGACUGUGGCUGCUGUCGCAGUAGGUAGUGUAGUUGGUGGGGCACAGCCCAUUCUGAACCAACUUGAGCCACAAAUUGCACUUGUGAAUGAAUAUGCCUGUAAAGGACUGGAUCAGCUGGAGGAGAACUUGCCUUUUCUUCAACAGCCAGCAGAUAAGGUCAUCUCAGACACCAAGCAGCUGGUUUCCACCAAAGUGACAUGCGCUAUGGAUGCUGCCUGUGAGGCAAAAGAAGCAGUGGCUGAUAAAGUGACUGAAGCUGUGGACAUAACUAAAAAUGUUGUUGGGGACAGUGUCAAGCUGACUAGGUCAAUGGUCACCUCCACUGUUAACAGUGCUGUGGAGGCUGCUCAUGGUGCAAAGGACCUUGUGACCAACAAGGUGACAGAGGCAGUGGACCUCACUAAACACAUGGUGGAGGACAGCAUUGGACUGACCAAGUCUGCAGUUGCUUCUACUGUUGUGAAUGCUGUGGAGGCUGCCCAAGGUGCCAAGGACCUGAUGACUAACAAGGUGACUGAGGCUGUGGACCUCAGUAAACACAUUGUAGAGGACAGUGUUGAACUGACCAAGUCUGCAGUUGCUUCUACUAUUACUGCUGCUGUAGGGGCUGCCCAGGGUGCCAAGGACCUUGUGACUAACAAGGUGACAGAAGCUGUGGAUCUCACUAAACACAUUGUGGAGGACAGUGUUGAACUGACCAAGUCUGCAGUUGCUUCUACUAUUACUGCUGCUGUAGGGGCUGCCCAGGGUGCCAAGGACCUUGUGACUAACAAGGUGACAGAAGCUGUGGAUCUCACUAAACACAUUGUGGAGGACAGUGUUGAACUGACCAAGUCUGCAGUUGCUUCUACUAUUACUGCUGCUGUAGGGGCUGCCCAGGGUGCAAAGGAUCUUGUGACCAACACAGUGACUGAAGCAGUGGACCUAACCAAAGGAGCUGUUCAGGAUGGUGUUGAGAAGACCAAAUCGAUGGUCACUUCUACAGUCAAUACAGCUCUGGAUGCUGCAUAUGGCACCAUAACUAGCAAAAUAAAUACAGCCUUGGAGCAGAGCAGAGAGGCUAUCCAGGGGGGUGUGGAGAUGACUAAUUCAGUGGUGACCAACAGCAUAAGAAAAGCCAAGGCUGUGAGCCAAGCAGUGGCAGGUGGUGUGGAAUCUGUCCUGGGUAUAUCAGAAGAUCUGGUGGAUCACUACCUCCCAAUGACAGAGGAGGAACUAGGUAAACUGGCCACCACUGUCGAGGGAUCUGGUAUGGCUUCUGUAGAGGAGCAGAAACAGCAACGGAGUUACUUUGUGCGUCUGGGCUCCCUCUCUAACAAAGUCCGCCACCGAGCCUACCAGCACUCACUGAACAAACUCCAGUGCAUUAAGCAAAGCACCCAGGAUACUCUCUCACGACUACAGCUGGCAGUAAAACUGAUUGAAUCUGUGAAACAAGAGGUUGGCCAGAAGCUUCUAGAUGGGCAGGAGAAGCUGUAUCAACUGUGGGUGGACUGGAGCCUGACCCAACCCAAAGGAAACCAAGUUAAAACUGCCUCCCAAGUAGAGGUAGAGUCACGGACUCUAGCUAUGCUGCGUAUCAUCACCCAGCAACUACAACCUGUUUAUGAGAAUCUGAGAGCCAGCAUCCAAGGCCUCCCCAGCAACAUCCAAGAAGCUGUGUAUCAGGCGACUCGAAAUAUUCACAAGCUCCAUAGAUCUUUUUCCAGUGCUAUGUCUUUCCAGGACCUCUCCAGCACCACCCUGACCCAGAGCCAGGACUGUGUGGCAGAAGCCCAAACGUCCCUAGAUGACCUCUUUGAGUAUGUAACUCAGAACACCCCUCUGAACUGGCUUGUGGGUCCCUUCAGGGCAAUAGCUAAAGUGUCACAGGAUAGCAGGAAGGAAAAGAAAGAUAUGGUGACUGAUAUAAAAUCACCUGUAGUGGAAAAGGUUACACCACCCAAGGAGGUGGCUCAGACACCUGAAGAACCAAAGGGAGCAAACAGGAUCCCAGAGGAAGAGUAUAAAGAGCUGGAGAAGCUGGAAGAAAAGGCAGAGAAAGACACAGAGGUGGCACUGGCUGCAAAGGAGACAACUAAUGCGCCACAGGAAGAUCUCUGA